CCUAGACGAGCCAAGUCCCGUUUGUUCCCUUCGUUCCCCUGAUUGACGAGAGAGGUACGUGUUGUGUCCAGCAACCUCUUCUAGAUUUACAUCUUUCUUUCUUCCCCUUCCUUUCCCUUUCAUGGUUUGACUCGAUUUCGAGACGGGCACGGAAGCUAAUUGUCGACUCCCCUUCCUAUUCAGUCCCUCCUUUCUUUGCGCAUUAUCAACAUCCCCUCGAGGGGUCUUCGGCAGCGCAUCAUGAAGCUUUCCGCGGUUCUCCUCGGUCUUGCUGCCCUCGCAAGCGGUACUUCCUCCCCUCGAAACUACGAAACGAAUGAUUACUAUGUUCUCGAGCUGGAUUCGUCUACAUCUCCCGGCCAGGUUGCCGACCGCUUGGGUCUGAGGCAUGAGGGUACACUGGGCAGUCUCGACGGCCAUCACAUCUUCUCCGCUAGGAAGGUCGAGCACGACAUCGUCAAGCCAGCCUUGCAGGAGCGCAAGCUGCGGAAACGCACGCUUGGCGGCUCCGACGUUCUCGAUGGAGUUCGUCUUUCGCAGAAACAGCAGCUUCGGAAGCCUUGGGAGAAGAGAGUCCCCCCGCGGUCGCAUGGGCCGGCCAAUUACGCUCGCCAGGACGCGGCCGACCCUAAGAUGGUUGAGCAGAUGAACGAAGUCAUGAAGACCCUCGGCAUCGCCGACCCCAUCUUCAAUGAGCAGUGGCAUUUGCUCAAUACCGUCCAGCCAGGCCACGACAUCAACGUCGCCGGCGUGUGGAAGUCUGGUAUCACGGGCAAGAAUGCAACUGUCGCCAUCGUAGACGACGGUCUCGACAUGUACAGCGACGACCUGAAGCCUAACUACUACGCCGCCGGUUCCUACGACUUCAACGACCACCGCGAAGAGCCCAAGCCCACGCUCAGCGACGAUAAGCACGGCACCCGGUGCGCUGGUGAAGUGUCUGCGGCCAAGAACAACGUCUGCGGUGUCGGAGUGGCCUAUGAUUCCAAGAUCGCGGGUAUCCGUAUUCUGAGCAAGUUGAUUUCGGAUGCCGACGAGGCUGUCGCGAUGACCUACGACUACCAGCACAACGACAUUUACUCCUGCUCCUGGGGCCCUCCGGAUGACGGUCGAUCCAUGGAUGCGCCUGGUAUUCUUAUCAAGCGUGCUAUGCUCAAGGGCAUCCAGCAGGGCCGUGGCGGAAAGGGAUCCAUCUACGUCUUUGCCAGUGGUAACGGUGCCGCGAACGAUGACAACUGCAACUUUGACGGCUACACAAACUCCAUUUACAGCAUCACUGUUGGCGCGAUUGACAGAAAGGGUCAGCAUCCUUACUACUCAGAGAAGUGCUCGGCUCAACUUGUUGUCACCUACAGUAGUGGCAGCGGAGAUGCUAUCCACACCACUGAUGUUGGCCAAAAUGCCUGCUAUAAUGGUCACGGUGGUACUUCCGCCGCCGCUCCUUUGGGUGCUGGUGUCUACGCACUCGUUCUCGAGGCUCGCCCUGAUCUUACUUGGAGAGAUAUGCAAUGGCUCGCCAUGGAUACCGCUGUGCCCAUUGACGAGGCCAACGGCGAGUGGAUGCCGACCAAGAUUGGAAAGAAGUUCAGCCACACGUACGGAUACGGCAAGAUUGAUGCGUUCAAGAUGGUCGAGGCAGCCAAGGCUUGGAAGAACGUCAAGCCCCAGGCUUGGUACUACUCUCCUUGGAUCCAUGUUAACAAGGACAUUCCUCAAGGCAAGGACGGCAUCGCGGUCAGCUUUGAUGUCACUGCGGAUGCUCUGAAGCAAGCCAACCUCGAGAGACUUGAGCAUGUGACCGUCACUAUGAACGUGAACCACACGCGCAGAGGUGACUUGAGUGCCGACUUGAUUAGCCCCGAAGGAGUCACCAGCCACCUCUCUGUCACCCGCAAGAUGGACUCGGCCAAGUCUGGCUACGUUGACUGGACUUUCAUGAGUGUUGCCCACUGGGGUGAAUCCGGUGUUGGCAAGUGGACCGUUGUGGUCAAGGAUUCCAACGAGAACGAACACAAGGGCACUUUUGUCGACUGGCAUUUGAAGCUUUGGGGCGAGUCGAUUGACGCUAGCAAGGCAACUCUCCUCCCCAUGCCGACUGAGGAGGACGACAACGAUCACGCACUUGUUGCAACCACCACUCUGCCGGCUGCUAUCACGACCAUGACGCACGCUGCCGAGAACACCGCAACUGUUGUCAAGCCCUCCGACCAUCCCGAGCGGCCUACCAAGAUCCAGUCUGGAGCCGACGCGACACCUACGGAGACUGGCAAGCCGACAGACACGCAGGAGACGCCUGCGGCAACGACCAGCCCGUCCAACUGGGUGUCUUGGCUCCCGUCGUUCGGAAAGGCUGGUGUCUGGGUCUACGGCGCUAUUGGUCUCAUUGCUGUGUUCUGCUCUGCUUUGGGUAUCUGGUUCUACAUCCGCAAGCGCCGCAACAGCGCGCCUCGUGACAACUACGAGUUCGAGCUGCUCAACGAGGACGAGACGGAGGGUCUCAAUGGCGAGAAGCGUACGCGGGGUCGUGAGCUCUACGAUGCAUUUGCCGGUGAUGACGAAGAUGACGAUGAUGAGACUGGGGCAUACCACGACAACCGGGACCGCUCGAGAGAGGGUAGCGGCAACAGAGAGACUGAUAGGCUCACUGAAAAAUAAGGUGUGCGACGGGGCAGGUAUGGGCGUCUAUUGCAUAGAAAUACCUUGAGGUUUUCUCUUUCUUAUCACUUUUAUAGCAUUUGGGCAUUGUGGUUAGUGUAUUUUUCCCCAUGGACGUUAGACGGCGCUGUUGGUGUUGAGAGGCGCA